GGGGGAGGGAAAAAGAGAACUUCCCUCACUUUCUAAAUCAUGGCUCAGCCGUGUGUUAUAAAACACCAAGAACGGAAAAGCCAUUACGUGGAAUAUAAAGAAAUACUUGAGUCUACAAUAUCGUUGAACCCUUGGAGUCGGUUUCAGCAGACAUGCUCUGUAUUCCCACAAGAGUCUGGAAAAUUAACUUCUAUUUUUUUCUGUCUGGAGUUGCAGUUAGUGUUAUUAUUUGCUCCAUGGCUCAAUCCGGGUCAGACUGUUCUGCAGUAACACAGGUGGAUGUUAAAACAGGGAAUCUGUUGAAAAGAUUGCGGAGGAACUGCUUCCCUAGAGCAAUUUUGGAUGGCAGUUUGAUGGCAGUCAGCUAUGGUUGACAUGAUGAAAGAAGCAUUGGAAAAACUUCAGCUCAAUGUAGUGGAGAUGAAAGAUGAAAGUGCAACCUUAGAUGGUGGAGACGUCUUAUUCACAGGCAGAGAAUUUUUUGUGGGCCUUUCCAAAAGGACAAAUCAACGAGGUGCCGAAAUCUUGGCUGAUACUUUUAAGGACUAUGCAGUCUCCACAGUCCCAGUGACUGAUACUUUGCAUUUGAAGAGUUUCUGCAGCAUGGCUGGGCCUAACCUCAUCGCAAUUGGAUCCAGUGAAUCUGCACAGAAGGCCCUCAAGAUCAUGCAACAGAUGAGUGACCACCGCUACGACAAACUCACGGUGCCUGAUGACCUUGCUGCCAACUGUAUAUAUAUAAACAUCCCCAGCAAAGGCCAUGUCUUGCUGCACCCAACCCCAGAAGAGUAUCCAGAAAGUGCAAAGGUUUAUGAAAAGCUGAAGGACUACAUGCUGAUCCCCGUGAGCCUAUCUGAACUGGAAAAGGUGGACGGGCUGCUCACCUGCUGCGUGGUUUUAAUUAACAAGAAGGUAGACUCCUGAGCUGCAGUCCCUCCCUGCCGCCGGCAGUCCUGCACUCACGAGGCCAACAACUGUCCCCACUACUGUCGUUGUCAUUGACAAUCUAUUGUGCCACUGUGCUACUAACUCUGGUUCACAGAAGUUUAAUUUCAGGUUUAAUUGCUUCAUUCUGCACCUUCCCCUCCUUCCUCUCCUUCCCCUCCUUCCCCUCACGGUGGUACCUAAACUGUGGAUUUGCUAAAUGAAUUAAGCAACCUAGAAAUUAUAGAGCUAAUAAAUUGUUAAAAUGUGAUUAAUGAUUGUAAGGAAAUGCUCAGUUAGUAUCUGUAUUAUCAGUAUGAAAAUCGUUUAGUUACCAACAUACUCUCAAGAAUGUCUUCUUAGUUUGAUAAUCUGGGGAUUUUUUUCUUUAUAACAUUAAUCAUCUUUGCUUCCUGUGAAAUGCCCUGGUCCAUGGAUUCUCCCUCUUUCCCUCUAUUUUUCUUGCAAACUCUGAAAACUAUUUUCCAGUUACUUCCCUUUGCUCUUCUCACUUCCAUCACAGUCACCUUGACCUUGGGUAAAAUCAGGGGCCUUGCCUUCUGCAUACCUUCCUGCAAGUUCACCCUGUCUGUCUCCGUGCUCCUCUGCCUCGUGGCUACAUCUCCCACCACCCCCACUCUCGCUCAGAAGGGAAAAUGGGUCCCUCAGCAGAACUGUGAUCAAAAUCAGAGCAGCUGUUUGGAGGUGAGUUAACUGCACAGAGGCACAUCCUGACAGGGUUUCCCUGGAGAUCUAAAUUCCAGAAGAAGUAGGGCACCACACCUAGGAAGGUAAAUUCACCAGAUGGUUGCUAGGGAAUCAUAGAUCAAAAAGCUUGGAAACACCCCAUGGGUAUAACAUCUUAGAAAGUCUUUAAGUCACAUUCCAUGAAUUUUUGCUUCAUUACUGGCCAUAUCCUGACCCUGGGGAAUAGUCUUAUUUUUUCUUCAGCUCAUUCUGCCCCCCUUCCCACCACUUCCUCCCAUUGUGACUCACCCUAUUACCAGCCUAUACCGCCCCCCACCCCGGGCAGUUAUCCUGGCCUAGCACAGUUAUUCCUUUCGCAAGAGACAUCCCAUCUAAAACUGAUUCUUGAUGUCUAGUGUGAGCCAGAUGAAGCAUGGUCAGGAAGUGAUAGGCUGGGUACUUAAAACCAGCCACUGACAAUGGACAGUUCUUUGAACUAUCCAUGAAUAUUUACUGUGGAAUUCAAUUAAAACUCUUUUCCUCUCUAGCCUUUAGAUUACACAACCUUGACCUGACACGGAGCUCUUACAUAAAACAAUGCCACAGUGAAGGCAGACAUCAUUGUCGUUUACUUGAGCCUGAAAGAAUCAGCCUGUUAGCCGGCCAGGGAAAUGGUACUUUCCAAGGAAAGUGACUGAUCCAGGCAUGUUAUUGAAUUUCUAGUCAACUCCACCUUUCUCAUAUUGCCUGUGGCUUGUUGUUUAAGAGUAAGAAUCAGGGAGAUUAAGAAAUAUAACUUGGAGUCUUGCUCUGCUCACCUACAUGUAUGUAAUUAGACAUUCCUUAUGUUUGAUGAACGAGAGUUACCUUCAUUCAUUUCAUCUCCCCCUUAGUAAACGGAUGUGAUAAACCACUGAGAAAACCAAGACAUCCUUAACCACUCUCUGACUUUUUCAUUUAUUUGAUGACUUUUUGCCAGAAUUGGAAGAAGUUCCUUCUUCUCCUUGUUGCUUAACUUUAAAAUUCAUUUCAUGCACAAAUAUCUAAUUAUAUACAUCCUAUGAAUAAACCAUAUCUUGGUCAAUGUCAUAUUCCCAACUGUCUUAUCAUGGGUGAAUAAUAUGUUUUCACCGGAGAGAGAAUGAAUGUGACCCACAUGCCCAAGUUAAUAAAGAAAAAUUAUUCUCAGCAGUUAUGGUUGUCCUUUAGGGUUAAAUACAGCCUUAUGCUGGCAAAAGCAGAAAUCCCCUUGGGAGAGGUCAACAUGUCAAAACAACCUCAGAGAAACUAACCCAAUCAGCCAGUGUAGGCUUAAUACGAAAGCAAACUGGCACAUAAUUUUCCAUGUCUGUUCGUAUCAUCCCAAUUUAAAGAACUCUUCUCUAUUAUGUUUAGUCACUUGCAAGUGAAAAGAUUUUCCUUUUGAUCAAUUUGUCCUUCAGAAGCUGUUUUCACUUUUCCUUUCCUUUGCUUCUCUCCCUCUUUCCUUCACUUUGUCUCAAGAAAUCACGUAGAAUCUGUGUGCCUCUUCUCCAGAAUCUUCCUCUGCACAGCUGUGUCACCGGCGAGGCUGGCUUCUUUGGGCUACCUAUGUGAUAUGAUGAUGUGAAACCUAAAAUAUUUGCAGCAUAGUAGUGUUACUUCUUUGAUGUUCUCAUCAGCAUAAUGUUAUCUUUGAAGAAGAAAGAUAACCUCCUGUCUGUUGUGAUUUAUAAGGAUAAAUAAACUAACAAAAAUUGCUUCUUGACAUUAUAAAGACAUUAGUAAAUAAUUGUAUUUAACUGAGUAAAAGUUGAGUUACUUGGUCAGUAAGAUUUAAUAUAAUAAGGACAAUAUAGAGAAAGUACAUUAUUUAGCAUUAUUUCUUCAACUAGGAUGGAUUGCUGUGGAAAUCAACAGGCAGAUCCUGCUAAUGUGUAUUGAUUGCUCUUUCAAGCUACUGUGAACAGAUAGAUUGCUGAGACCAUCUCUUCCUCCCUAAGGGGAGAAAAUAGUCUGUAGGUGAAUACUGUGACUUAUCUAGAGCUGCAUGUUAGUCGUUGUAAUUAUUUACUCUCUAACAUUCUGCAGAACUCAGACAUGGUUUCCACGUGGUAUUGGGUUUGUGCAUUUUAUUUUACUGACUGUCUUGUUCCAGCCAAUGUACGGUUAUACACUCUGUGUGCCAAAACCAGUAAUGCCUUCCAUGACCCUUUAGUCCAGAGAAGUUCUGCACUGACUUUAGUCUCUUGCUGUCCUGAUCCUAAAAGUAUACCAAUCACAAUGAAAUAAAGUGUCAGUUGUACCGUGA